CUUAAAAAACACACGUAACAUACAUACCAUUGAUAUAAAAUUAAAACGCUGACUAAAAUGUUUAUUUAUAUGUCUAACAAAAUUUGAAGUUAUCCAAGAUGAGAAUACUGUGCCAAAUAUUUUUGAUACUUGUAUUUUGGUUAGGGCUAAGUGUACCCUCAGAUAUAAGUAUUUUUCCUGCACUUCCGGUGACUGUAACAAACACAAGCAACUUAUUAUGCAACAAACACAGCAGAGAGUACUUGGAGAAUUUGAAAAAUUUUACGUUAUGGGCUUAUGAAAUGAGAGAUGCAUCAGCUCAGUCAAUCUCAAGUGUGUUAACAGGAAGUUCCUACAGUUUAGGAAAUCAAGCCGAGUGUCUUACAGCUCAUGCUCCUUUUCCAACUCAAUAUUGCUUGGCUAUUAUUAUUGGUAACAUUCCUAAUACCACUAUAAAGAGAGAUCCGUUAUCUCUGGAGUUCAACUCUAAUGAAAAUGUGCUCGACAAACUUUAUCCGUAUCAGGAUGAAACAAAAUUCCCAAGAAAUAUUGCAAAAAUGGGUUGGUGUUUUCCAGCAUCUUGUUCACCCAACGAUGCAAAAGAAAGUCUCGAUAAUUAUCUACAACACGUUGACUACUCUCUGAAGAAAGACAAUAUUACCUUCAGCGCUCAAGUCCCAUCAAUUCUUUGCCAAUGCUCAGAUAAGCAGCUAAAGAUGGAUACAGUAGAUUUUGUAUUUUGUGGACUUGUUAUAGUGUUGGUCAUUCUUGUUUCAUCAAGUUCCUAUUUAGAUAAUCCCGAUGAAGACGAUUCAAAAAACAAACAGUAUAAACUCCUGCAAGCAUUUUCUAUGAAGAGAAAUAUUAAAGAUUUAAGUAAGAUUGAGGCAACUGAAAAACCACUACGAAUCUUUUAUGGAAUGAAAGCGUUUUCACUCAUUAUGAUCCUAACGGGUCAUAGAUCUGCUUUGUUUACAGCUGCACCACAAAUAACAUUAGAUUAUGUUGAAGAGCUGUACCGAACAUUAUGGGCCGCUAUCAUCUUUCAUGCAGAUCUCUUUGUAGAUACAUUCUUUCUUAUAAGUGGGUUAUUAGUUACUUACGGCCUUCUAAAUAACUUAAAUACAGGCAAGAAAUUUAAUCCAGUUUUUAUGGUGGUAGCCAGAUAUUUAAGGUUAACACCCUUAUAUGCAUUUUGUAUAUUUUACCAAGCUACUCUGUUAUAUCAUAUGGGAAAUGGGCCUUUAUGGGAACCAGUAUUAGGACAAGAAAGAGAAGACUGUAGAAAGAACUGGUGGACUGGAAUACUAUACGUAUCAAAUUUGAUUGAUUCUGAGCACAUGUGCAUGGUUCAAUCAUGGUACUUGGCAUGUGAUUUCCACUUCUUCUUGUUAGCAUUGGUAUUAAUAUAUAUUCUACAUAAAAGUACCAGAUGUGGUAUACUAGUGACCAUUUUGUGUAUGUUAGCUACAAUAUACACAACAUUUAGUAUAAUAUAUGUUUACCAACGACCAGCGUUUCUACGGUUCUUGCCCAAAUUUCUAGAAAAUCCGAAAGGAAGUUACGAUUACAAUUUAUCGUAUAUCAAGAGUUAUACAAGAGGAUUACCGUAUUUUAUAGGAAUAAUUGCUGGUUAUAUUUAUAUUAAAUACAAGACUAAGGAUUAUGAAAUAUCGCAGGGGCGCUAUUACGGUAUCCUGGUAAUUGCUUCCAGUUUGAUAGCUAUACUUAUAUUUUCUGGUAAAGUAUUGUACAAUCCAUACCACAAAUAUAAUGUCUUGGAAGCGUCGAUAUACGGAUCAGUUCAUAGAUUACUAUGGGCCGUUGGAAAUUUAGCAUUUUUAUACGGAAUAAGCUUUGGACCAGAAGGACUUCUGUAUAAAUUUUUUUCAUGGACAAUUUUUGUACCUCUAAGCAAGCUCACAUAUGGAGCAUUUCUAGUACAAAUUUCCUUUCAAAUAAGAGAUAUAGGACUAUCAGUAAAUCCAAAGAAGUUUGAUGUUUUUAAUGUGCUUGGUUUAAUAAUUUUGGAUGCUGUGUACAGUUUUUCAUUAGCAUUUGUGUUAUACCUUUUGGUGGAGCAGCCCUUUAAGAAAAUUGCAAGGAUUAUACUUAAUUUAGAUAAACCUAAAAAUAGUGAAGGGGCAAAUAAAUCCGUAUAAAAUAAAAGAAGAGGAUAUUUUUGAACAUAAUUUAUUAUUAAAGUAUUUUAUUGUUAAUUUGUAUAUUUAUAAUUUAAGAAGAUUAUUAGAUUUUUAUACAUUACAUUAUAAUAA